AUGCCCGGUGCGGACAAGCACGCCGCCAUAAUCGCCAUCGAGAAUCACGGGUACAGCGUGGCAUCCGGCGCUCUGGCAUGUUUCGCAUCCGUGCUGGGCAAGGUGGCUUUCGACGGCGACACGCCUUUCCAGGUCCAAGCAACGAGCGCUUGCGAGGAGCACUUCCCAGAGUUGGCGUUGUGCAACACGGUAGGCCGUCUGGUUCAGGGCGCGUCGCUGGCGGGAAUGUUCAUGGUAAACGCCGUGAUGCUUUCGACCUUCCUCAAAGCUCUCCAAAUGUCGGGGUCUACCGUCGCCACCGUCACCAACUUUUCCACCAACUUUGUGUUGUCGGGCAUCUCCGGUAGGAUGGUCUUUGGGGAAAGGUUGCCGGCUUUGUGGUUCUUCGGUGCUUCGCUAGUCGUCUCGGGGGUGGUUCUUUUAACCGGCGGCAGUAGCCCCGAGGGCGGCAAGACCUCCGAGAGAAUAAAAGGAGAAGGACUAACAUCGACAGGCCAAAGCACCCAUUCAAGUUCGCGGAAAACAACGAAAGACCGGGAGAAACGAGAUUGACGAAACGUACUCGGGGGGUUGCACGUGGCUGAGGUUCUCAGGAACUUUGAUAAGGGUCCACGAUCGAGGAUUGGUGUGUCGUUUUGCACACGACGACCUGUUUUGUGGGCAUCGCCUGGAGCGCGUCGCUGAUGUAGGGCGGACUUGUGUUUCUGGGAAAGUGUUGCAUGUUGUGCAUGUUGUACACCAGCAAGUGUAGGUUUGUUCAGAGUCUUUUGUUCGACGAACCGGGUAGAUUGGUCAACAUUCUGUAUUUUGU